AUGGCCGGCAUUCACACCUUUGACCUGCCACCUGUGGGGCUUGGUGACAUCGCGUUGUGGCUGCGCAUUGUAAAGUCCCGUUUCGCCCUCCGUCAGAUUACACGAGAGGAUACGAAAUUUCACUAUGUUGUGGCAGCACUCCCAAUGGAUAUCGCCACCGACCUCCGCGACAUCAUAGACUGCUCGCCCACAGAAGCCCCUUAUAUUGCCCUAAAUGAGGCUCUCGUUUGCCGCAUUCCCCUGUCAACGCAAAAACGUCCGCAAAGUUUAAUUUCUGAAGAGGACCUCGGUGACAGGAAGCCCACGCAGCUUCUUAGGCGUUUGGAGCAGUUGGUAGACGGACAAAAGCUGAAUGCCACCAUGUACAAGCGACUGUUUCUCCAACGGUUGCCUCCUGUGCAAGCCAUCCUUGCGCCUAACAUUCCUUCUUAG